AUGCGCAGCGAGUCCGGCAGCCGAGCCGGCAAACCCAUCUGGAACUUCUCAAAUCGCCUCGGCGGCAAACGCCGGGGGUGGAGGGUGCACGCAACACAUCCCGACUGCUCCAUCGUCCUCUAUUUCCAAGAACGAGAAGCUGAAUGUCUGGAGAUUAUCAGGAGCGAAAGCCAAACGCCAGCCUCCCCUGGAUCCCCCGGGCAGCACGGCUGCCUGACCGAGUGGGAUGGAGUGAGCUGCUGGUCAGCCGUGCCCGUCGGCCAGUCCCGAGCCGUCGCCUGCCCUGACAUCCUCCACGUCUUCAAGAAGUCCAAAGCGCUGAUCCGGAGGAACUGCACCGAGUCGGGAUGGAGCUUCCCCAGCCCUCCCUACUACAACGCCUGCGAGCUGGAGGCCAUUGGCAGCAAUAACGACACCGAGGCCAAGAAAGGCUAUUUUGUCACCAUGAAGGUGCUUUACACCUGUGGCUACUCCACGUCCCUGGCAGCCCUGUUCUUGGCCAUCGGCAUCUUCUCCUGCUUCAGGAAGCUGCAUUGCACCAGGAACUCCAUCCACAUCCACUUCUUCACCUCCUUCAUACUGCGCGGGGCCGCUGUGUUCAUCAAGGAUGCCGUGCUCUUCUCGGAUGAGUCCGUCGACCACUGCACGAUGUCAACGGUGAACUGCAAAGCAGCCAUCGCCUUCUUCCAGUACUCAGUCCUGGCCAACUUCUACUGGCUGCUGGUGGAGGGCAUGUACCUGCAGACCCUGCUGCUUCUGACCUUCACCUCCGACAAGAGGUACAUCUGGUGGUACAUCCUCAUCGGCUGGGGUGUCCCCAUGCUGACGGUCUGCUUGUGGGUGCUCACCAGGCUGCAGUACGACAACCGCGGGUGCUGGGAUGACUACACCAGUCUGUAUUGGUGGGUGAUCAAGGCUCCCAUCCUCCUGGCCAUAUUUGUGAACUUCCUCAUCUUCCUCAAUGUCACCAGGAUGUUAGCGCAGAAGAUCCGGUCCCCGGACAUCAGCAAAAACUACAAGCAGCAGUACAUGAGGCUGACGAAGUCCACGCUGCUCCUCAUCCCUCUCUUCGGGGUGCACUACGUGGUGUUCGCACUCUUCCCUGAGCACAUCGGUGUGGACGCCCGGCUGUACUUUGAGCUGGUCCUCGGCUCCUACCAGGGGUUCCUGGUGGCUCUGCUGUACUGCUUCCUGAAUGGGGAGGUCCAGGCUGAGAUCAAGAGAAACUGGGGCAAGUGGCAGUCAUCCAUGGAGAGCAAUGUCUUCAACCUGGUGACCCAAGACUUCACAGCAUGA